AUGAUGGGUUCGGACCUGGAGGCCAACGGGGACGAGCACCCCUUUCUUAUGAACGAGACGGUCGAGCAUUUCUCCUGGAAAUCUGUCACCGUCAAUGUCAAGGACAGAGAAACAAAACAGCCCAAAGCAAUUCUUUCCGGUGCUAGUGGUUAUGUAAAUAAAGGUGAGUUGAUGGUGCUUAUGGGCCCAUCGGGAAGCGGAAAAACGACUCUAUUGAAUGUUCUCGCCGGUCGAGCCAGUAGUUUGCGUAAUGGGGUCAACGGUGAAGUUCUUGUCAAUGGCAGAACAGCAUCAAAAGAAACCUUUAGGCAUUUGAGCUCCUAUGUCGAACAGGAAGAUGUGCUUAUCGGUUCAUUGACGGUGGAGGAAACGCUGUACUUUGCGGCCCAGCUGUCCCUCUCCAGAUCAAUACCCAAGAAGGAUCGGAUACAGCGUAUCAAGUACCUCCUCAAUUCCUUCGGUAUCCAGAAUCAGGCUAAGACCUUGAUCGGUACACCAAUUCGCAAGGGAAUCAGCGGUGGCCAGAAGCGCCGUGUCAGUGUGGCCGCUCAAUUGAUUACCUGCCCUAAGAUCAUCUUCUUGGACGAACCUACUAGCGGCCUAGAUUCUACCGCCAGUUAUGAGGUUAUGUCAUUUGUGAAGGCCUUGGCCAGGAAGAACAAUCUUAUUGUCAUUGCCAGCAUCCACCAGCCAUCCACUUCAAUGUUUCAAUCUUUCGAUAAGCUUCUCAUUCUAUCCGCAGGAAAGACCUGUUACUUCGGGCCUGGAAAGGAUAUGAAGGCAUACCUUGACAAAAUAGGACACCCCAUGCCCAUUCAAAUCAACCCGGCGGAGUUUGUGCUCGAUCUCGUCAGCACAGAUUUCGCAACCAACACUGAGGAGGCGGAAGCUCAAUUGGCCAAAAUACACCAACAGUGGGAUGAUUCAGAGGAGUCCUCGAACGUGAGUCUUGAGAUAUCAAGACUGACUACCCUGUCCGAAAAAGAAGAAAACAUCACCCUUUCGACAGACCAGCUGCAACAUGUUAAUAUUGUCUCAACCAUCUUCACACUGCUUCAUCGAUCGUUUAUCAAGGGCUGCCGUGAUGUUGUCGCAUACGGUAUUCGAGUUGCGAUGUAUCUCGGCCUGGCUAUCAUGGAAGGCACUGUCUGGCUGCGACUUGGGACUGGCCAGGAGAACAUCCAGCCAUACAUCAAUGCUCUGUUCUUUUGCUCUGCAUUCAUGUCGUUCAUGGCGGUUGCGUAUGUGCCAUCAUUCCUCGAAGACCGCGCGACAUUCAUCAAAGAGCGAGCCAACGGCCUCUACGGCGCGACUUCUUUCGUGAUAUCAAAUUUCCUCAUCGGAAUGCCAUUCUUAUUCAUGAUCACCAUAAUAUUCUCCGUUGUAGCAUACUGGCUCGUGAACUUCCGUUCAGGCGCAGACACCUUCUUCACGCUGGUUAUGUGGCUCUUCCUCGACCUGCUUGCCGCCGAGUCCCUCGUAGUCAUGAUAGCGUCUCUAUUCCCGAAUUUUGUGGUCGCUUUGGCCCUCACAGCCUUCACGAACGGUAUCUGGAUGAGCGUCGGCGGCUUUAUGGUUGCUCCAGCCAUCCUGAACGUAUUCUGGAGAUACGUCUUCCAUUAUAUAGAUUAUCAGACCUAUGUAUUCCAAGGGAUGAUGGUCAACGAGUUCUCUGGCCGUGUUUUCAACUGCGGCACGUCUUGCCAGUGUAUGUAUACCAGCGAACUGGCGUCUCAGUGCCAGAUUUCAGGCGAGGGGAUUUUGAACUCCUUCGGAUACGCUACUAACAAACAGGCACAAUGGGCCGGGAUCCUCAUUUCGAUCACUGCGGUGUACCGGAUUCUGGGAUGGCUCGUACUGUACUUGAAGAAGACCUGA